AUGACAAAACAAUUGGGAAGUUUAGAAAAAAAUGAUACAAUAAGUUUGAGCACAGUUUUGGACCCUAGAUUUAAAUUAAAAGCCAUAAAAGACACAGCACGUAUUGAAGUCCUUAAAAAUAUAUUGAAAAUGAAAAUUACAAACGAAAUAAAUAAAAAAAACCAGCAAUCAACCAAUUCAGAACAAGUUCAACCUGUACCAUCGACAUCAGCUGUAAAUCCUGUUCCGUCCCAAAUUUUCGGAUGCGACAUGCCAACAUACAGUUUGUGGUGUGAAUUUGACAGCGAAGCCAACAAAGAGUUUCAACCUAAACCCUCAGAUGUCCAGGCUUCCGAAUAG